GCGCGGCUGUAGUAGGAGGAGGGAACGGUAAUAAUGGGAGGAGAGACACCCAGCACGGACAGAGUUAUCAACAGCAGGGUUACAACUAAACGUGCAGUGUGCCUCCCUUGUGGUGAAACUUGCGUUUGUUUGCAGACAAACGCGCUCUGCGUCGACCCAAAGAGCCAUUUCUACUUAUUUAUGAAGUUGAUGAUAAACUCUCACUUAUGAUUAAAGGUACUUUCAGCAAGUUUGGACAAAGACUGCUGCGGACAUAAAAGCCAAAGCGUGGGAAGUUUAAAUGGACUUUAAAUGGGCUGAUCACGAAGGUGUUCUGGGUUAAUGGAAUUUAUUGAAACCGUAAAGUACUUUCUAGGAAGUCUGAUUACCAUGGAUGUCGAGAAUUGAUGUUAUUUUCUAUUUAUCCACGCUCGGGCUGCGAACAAAAAUGUGACCAUCUGCGUUUUUUCCAAGUCCCUCUUCUUUUUCUUAAAAAAGUCGGCAUUUGUUUUUUUAAAUCUCACUUCCCUCUGGAGAGAGAGAAUAAACAGUUAAAAACUUGGUCUACAAGACGUGUCUUAAAGAAGAACAUCAAUGGAUUGAGAGACUGUACUUUCAGCUUUAAGUGAAAAAGUGCCUCAAGGUUGGGAGAUGUGUGAAGGAGUGUGACGGACGGCCAUGGGACUGGAGGGACGGUGGCUUCAGGCUGUCACUGCUGUAGCCAUCUGUCUGCUAAGUGUGUCUCAAGGUGAGGCAUCAUUGGUCCGUGCCAGAGAGGGGGGCUCUGCAGAGCUGAGCUGCAGUCUCACUCCUACAGCCAAAGAAGCCACCACCCCAAACCUCUUUCCUCUGCAUGUGGUGGAGUGGGUGCGCCUUGGCUACAACGUCCCCAUCCUCAUCAAAUUUGGAGUGUAUGCUCCUCGUGUUCAUCCAAACUACAAGGGCCGUGUGUCGCUGACCCGGGGCGCCUCUCUGCUGGUGGAACGGCUGACCCUGGAGGAUGAGGGCUGGUUCGAAUGCCGCAUCCUGCUCCUGGACAGUGAAAAAGACGACUUUAGGAACGGCACAUGGACCUUCCUCUCCAUCACAGCUCCACCUGUGUUUAUCAAGACACCACCAACUUUCGUGGAGGUUCUGCUCGGAGACUCGCUGACUCUCAGCUGUGGAGCCCAUGGCAACCCUCGACCAACUGUUGUCUGGCAUAAAGACGAGAGCCGAAUUGAGAAACAUGAAAAAAUAAAAGUGCUCAAUGGUUCCUUGUCUUUGGCCUCCGUCACAAGAAAUAUUUCAGGUGUGUACAAAUGUCACGUGUCCAACUCAGAGGGGAACUUGACCCACUCUACGCAGCUGCAGGUCAAAGGACCCCCGAUCAUCAUCAUCUCCCCAGAGGACACCACUCUCAACAUGUCCCAGGAUGCAGUUCUGCAGUGUCAGGCUGACGCCUACCCUUCGAACCUCACCUAUGAGUGGUUGAAACAAGGACAGAAUGUUUACCACAUUGAGUCCCUAAAGUCCAGAGUGAAGGUUUUGGUGGAUGGAACACUUCUUAUCCCUAAUCUCAUCCCAGAAGAUGCUGGCAACUACACCUGCAUCCCAACUAACGGGUUACUGGCACCGCCCUCAGCGUCGGCACAACUGACAGUGAAACAUCCUGCGCGUGUGGUCCGAAUGUCCCGGGAAACGUAUUUACCUGCAGGCAUGGAGGGCGUCAUUGUCUGCCCAGUCCAGGCUGAUCCCCCUGUGCUGUAUGUCAACUGGACCAAAGAUGGGAAUGAUUUGAAUCUUGACAAUUAUCCCGGCUGGAUGGUGAACUCCGAGGGCUCAGUUUUUAUAGCGACAGCCAAUGACAAUGCUGUGGGCAUGUACACGUGUACAGCCUAUAACAGCUAUGGCACCAUGGGCCAGUCAGAGCCCACCCAGGUCAUUUUGAAGGACCCACCUUCAUUCCAAGUGCCUCCGCGGCCUGAGUAUCUCCAGGAGGUGGGCAGAGAAUUGAUUAUCCCCUGUGAGGCCAGUGGAGACCCCACCCCAAACAUAACGUGGAGUAAGAUUGGACCUUCUCCUCGCUCUCAGUACACUGUGUUGGCUAACGGUUCCCUCCUGCUGCAGCCACUCAGUAAAGAUCACCACGGGGGCUGGGAGUGCUUGGCCACUAAUCGUGUAGCGACCGUCAGUGCAGGCACUGUGGUCAUGGUGCUGGGCACCAGUCCACAUGCUGUGUCCGCGGUAUCUGUCACCACAGAGAUGAACCAGGCCAAUGUGUCCUGGGUGCCAGGCUUUGACGGUGGAUACACCCAGAAGUUCACUGUAUGGGUUAAACAGUCAUCCAGAGGAAAACAUGAAUGGGCGUCUUUGCCUGUGCCGACGUCCAAAAACUACUUGCUGGUGACCGGACUACUGGCUGGCACCGGCUAUCAGUUUAGCGUCCUACCUCAGAAUAAACUCGGCUCUGGACCUUUCAGUGAAAUUGUUUCUGUGCGAACACAAGCUGUGCCAACAGAAAAACCUACAGUCAUCACCACUGUCCCAGUUCUGGAUCCUCCCAUACUUCUGUCAGCCAACCGGACUGAGCGAGGUGUUCUCCUCCAGUGGACACCUCCCGAGGCUCCAUCCUCUCCACUGACGGGCUACGUGCUGCAGGCUCGCAAAGAUCAGGGCCAGUGGGUCAUCCUCAGCAGCAACAUCAGUGCCAAUCAGAGUGAACUACUCGUACAAGGACUGCUAAGGGACUACAAAUAUGAUCUGAGGCUGAUGUCUCGUAGCAACAAAGUACUCAGUGAACCGAGUGAGUCUGUCAAUGUCUCCACCGUUGGGAUGGAAAUUUACCCCCUGCGCCCAAGUUUCUUGGAGGUCAUCCCUGAGCCCCUGUUGGCUGGUGUGUUAGGAGGAGUGUGCUUCCUGUUCAUGGCCAUCAUCCUCUCGUUGGUGACAGCCUGCUAUAUGAGUCACAGGAGACAACGCCGGCGCAGAAAGAGAAGACAAGAUCUCCCAUCUGCCUUCCAGAAGAGCUCAUCUCCAGACGCCCGCUCACCUCCUCGCAGCCCUGACAGUGUCCUCAAGCUGAAGCUGUGUCCACCACUUCCCUUCUUCCCUAACACCUCCUCCUCACAGUCCGACCGGUCGUCCUUUGAUAAGGGCAGCCGUGGGGAAUACCACGACCAGCGGAAACAACUGCUGUCCAACUCCUCUCCUCCACCACAUUACACACUCUUUGAGAGCCACUUGGGCUCUCAGGCCCCGUCACCCACUGCUCUGGAGUCCAUCUCCAGAGGUCCAGAUGGACGCUUCAUUGUCCAACCACUGCAAGGAGGUUCUAGCCCCGCCAAUAUGAAAAACUUGAAAGAGGACAUCCUACAAAUUAAUGGUGGGGCUAGUGGUUCAGGGAGCAACAGAACAUCUUUCAGGGACUCUCCAAAGUCAAGCAUUUUAAGCUCAGAGAAGGACGAGAGGAAGAAUUCUCCCCUCACUGUAGAUGUUCGAGAGCUGAGCAGGCCUCCUUCCUCUCCUGGAAGAGUGCGGGCCAUGGCCAGAAACUUCUCUCGCCACGGCUGCUUUUACUCUGAUGACGAACAAGGCUCAGAAGCCCUGCUGGAACGAGCCAGCUUCUAUUCAGACAACAGUGAGAAGAAACCCAGCGAUUCUCUCAGGAGAUGUCGCAUGGCGGGCCACGCAGAAGAUCUGUUCCCCAGUUUGGCCAGGAAAACUAAGCUUUUGGAUAGAGACAGACCACACCAUUCAGACUACCAACCUAUAGAGAGUCAAUUGACAAAUAAUAGCACCCUGGUCUCACAGCUUGACAGUGAGCUGGAGAGGGAUAGCAUUAACAAGUGUGUCCAACUGGCAAAGGAGAGGGAAAAAAUGGAGAGGGAGCUGGAGAGCUACACAGCCAAUCAGAGAAGUCAUGGUCAUGGAAGAGACGAGCGACAGUCUAAUAAGACAGAAGGCCCUCAAAGAGGCACACUUAAGUCAGAGGAAGAGCCUGUAUGGAAGCCACAAGAUGUUACUAUGAGACAGAAAUACAGGCCCUCAGGUCAAACAAGUCAAGUAUCUGACUAUCGGAGGGCCUGCUACUUUGGGAACACCAGCAGUCCCAUGGACCGGCUCCCUACGUCUCGCAUUCAUUGGGACAUUAGCCCUGUUACAUCGGUCACCAGCCUCAUUCCUGUACAGAGCCCCCGGGAGACCACAUCACCCCGGUCACAGCAUCCUCGAACAUGCAGGGAAACCACAGAGGACUCUUUUGCCAUUGAUUCAUCACGCUCUCCGGUCACCCAGAACACCUCCCUCCCCAUGCUCUCCCCAGAUGUCACCUCAGAAAGCCCCCCUGUCCUGUCCCAAACACCAGACAGAGCCAGGUCACUGAGUCCUCAGAGAGAGACAGAUACAUACCGAAAGUCAGUGAUUGAGCAGGGUUUAAGGGAAAAGACACAGGACAGAGGUGUUGCUUCAAGCUCCAGACAUUCGUAUGCUUAUGCAGGCACUCAGCCUACCAGAGGUCCUUCAGUUGACAGUGAUGGGCCUGAAAGUUCAGCUUCUGCUCCACAUAAUCAGCCUGAGAAAACUGCAGAAGUAGAUUACACGGCAACAAGGGAUCAGAGUCCAUCAAGUUAUUCUACCUUGCCUUAUGAACAUCAUGAAGUAGGGACGAAGGCCAAAGAAAAAGAGACUCAGGCUCCUGAUGACCGACGGUGUUCGGGGUUUUACUCUGACUUAGAGAGAGAAGGUGUGCGAACACGCUCAAGAAGGAGUGACAGAUGUCUCUUCUCUGAUAGUCCAAGCCCCAUUUCAACAUUGACUCUUGUAGAAGAGGUGGAGAGUGACCAGUCACAGUUUUCUGUCCCUGGAAUGUCAGGGUCCUUCAAGGCCAAGCCUGCAGCUCCAUCUCCCAGAAUGUCCUCACUGCAGACAAGUGCAAUUCUUGAGUACCUGAGCCUUCCAGGUUUCAUUGAAAUGAGUGUGGAUGAGCCUGUGGAUGAGGCUGAAGUCACAGGCACAGCUGGACAAGGUUCAGAACUAAAGCCAGAAAAAUCCCCAGGGGCUAAGCCUGAUGUGGUUCCUAAAAACUGGGAGGUUCAUGUUCAGGAAAACCGGGAAACAGUCUCAAACCAAAAGGUUUGCUUUGAACAGACUCAACACACGGGUGCCGCACAGUCCAGUUUUCAUGCUAGUACAAAACAGGACUUUAAACGCUACCCCCAAGGAGACGGUAGAGAUUCUUCACUUAGAGUUAGAUUUCCAGAUGAAACAAGACCAUCAUCACCUGCUCCAGAAAAAACUAGCAAGCAACUUUAUGAUGAGAAAACACAAAUUCGAGUUGGGACUAAAAGCACAGACAGACCUGAAUCAAGACUUGGAUCCAAGUCUGCUCACACCUUGUUCAGUGCAGCUAAAGGCAUGGCAGAUAUAGUAUCAAAACACUCACAGAGUUUUGUAGACAGUAGUGAGUCUUUAUCAGAGAAAUCCCAAAGACAAGCUUCUCAGGGCAGCAGGGCUAAUAAUAUUGCAUCACGAAUAUGUCAAGCUCCUGGGCCAUUUCUCAAGAAAUCCAUAAGCUUAGGCCCUUGCAGGACGCUCUCAGGUAUGGGACAGCCUCGUCCUUUCCUAAAGAAAUCUAUCAGUUUAGGCUCACAGAGGUGGGAGCACUUUGAGAGCCCAAGGACAUAUAUUUCUGAGAAAUGUUAUUGGGACGAGUUCCCAAACCCAGAUAUCAGAUCCUACAGUUUGGGUCGCAGUCCGUCUUCCUUUCCCAGACCAGGACCCUCCUGGAGGGAGUAUGUCCCAUUCAGACGCCCCAGCAUGGGGAGCUUAGAGAGGCCUCACCAUGCACCAAGAUCUUUAGCAAGUCCUUCCUACCUCACUCCUUCGAUGUACUCUUCCAGACAGGCUUCAAUCUCCCCCAUGCUGGAACCCUCCGAUCCCCGACGGCAAGCUACUGUUUUCCCAGAAUCCUCCAGGUGGUCUCCCUCUUAUCAAGAUACCCUGAGGUCUGCCCAGCAUAAAUAUGUCCCCAUGCCCUCCUCCAUCCCUGUUCCUCAGUACCAGUACCAACACUGGCCAGGAUCAAGGGGGGAAAACCUGAGACCCAUGGAACCCAGGAGGGGCCCUCCAAGGUCCUACCUGCCCAGGGGCAUCAGUUGGCCCUCACCUUACUACGCCCCUGUCCCACCAAGGGAAAGAGAGAGUUACAGACAGCCAGACAGGGUGAUGGGGAGGGGAGGGGAGCCAGAGACCCGGGAGGUCAGAGAGAUCAGGGAGGGAGGGAGGGCCAGUUAUGCCAGUCAGAGCAGUGGCAGAGGAAGCGCUGGUCUCUUCCGACAAUCUCUGUCCAUCACUCCAACACUGCUCAGCUCGCCCGAAACCACAGAGGAAAGCGAGAGGCACAGAGCUGAGACGGAGCUGCCUGAGAGGAGAGCAAAAAGAAGGAACACCUCAGUAGAUGAGAGUUAUGAGUGGGACUCUGCCGAUGCCUGCGUGGACUCGGAGGUCCUGGAGGCCAUGAGAUUUGAUCAGUCACAAAUGGGUUUUCAGAGAGGCAGAGGGGAGCUCAGAUCUGAUCAAGCUGUUGGCCUCCAGGACCAGCAGCAGGAAGGCCCGUCUCCCUCAGUCAGCCCUCCAGCUUCCAUCCCACCUCGCUGCCAGUACAGCCGCUCCCUAAGUGAGGCGCGCUUCAACGCUCUCCGCCAGGAGUACCAAGAGUACAGGCGGGCUCAGGAAUCCCUCUGUUCCCGUGAGCCCUGCCUCACCACUGGCCACGGUUCAGACUCCGACUCCAGCUCAGCGCUGCUCUAGCAGCUUAAGUCGGUAUAUCUCAGACAGACACCCAAUAGCGGUUUUACUGAACAGACGACAACACUGUGGUCCUGGACACUGUCGCACCUCGCUGGAGCUUUGUCCCGUGAGAAAGCUCAUUGUUUAAAGUUUUUCCUCCUCUGUUACAGCAGACUAAAGAGACAGCACUGUAUGCCAUCAAAUGUGACAGGCUGUGACUCCUCAGUCCUUAUCAGAGGACGUAUUCCUUUUCUUGUACUUGUUCUUUGCAUGCUGAAGCUGAGAAGGGAUUAUUUAUUUUUCUAAGAAGCUUGUGCAGCUGUAUUUUAGGAUUUUCUUUUUCAACUUUGACAAUCAGGCACACGCGGCUGCUCUGAGAAAUGAAACGCCUCACUUGACCAAGUUCACGUCAGCCCUGCUUUAUAAAAGCAGCAGCCUGCCAUGCAAAGAAGUCCGUGUCUCAUGUUUAUGUCCAUCCCAUCAAACAGAAUGACAAUAAAGAGAUGCUAAUGACAAUUAUGUAACUGUGUGCCCAGGAGAACAUGUGGAUGUGCUUUGUGAUCUGCCUGUUUCCCUCUGAAUAUGAAGUACUUGAAUACUACUACGUAAAGAUCACAUCGUUAGUUAACUCUUUUUUGUACUUUAUGAGUAGAAAAUCUCUCGGCAGUUCACGGUAUCCCACUUUGUUACUUUAAAAUCAUUUUCCUGCUGGUUACCUGAUUUCCUGUUUUAUCCGUUCCCCUGUGGAGACUUAAUGCGUCACUUCAAAUGGCCUCCCAGUAUUUGGUCAAAAUGUACAAAUGUUUAUAUGUACCUAAAUGUGAAUGAACCCUGCUGUUUUAUUGUAUAUUCCAUUUCAUGGUUUCAUCAGAUGAGAAAAUGCUACUUUACUCCACCUGAGUCGGUCAGAUGUUGCUUCUGGGAUUUUUGCCUUAUUUUUGUUCACGGCUCGAUUGACCACGAAAGUUUUGAGCUGACAGGCGAUAAUCAACCAAAACUGAUCAGAGGUUUUAAAAUGAUUGACAAGUUUGUACCUUUUUUACACACGUUUAGCUCACAAGAUGAGCUUUUCUGUAUAUUUAUUGAGGUGAGUUAUGAUAUGCAACAAUGUUUACAAUUCACAUCACUGAUGUGAAGGCAACACUGUGAAUAUUUCAUCGACUUCUGGUUCUGUAUUUGAAUUUGCAAGUCUGUCAUGAAAUUUGUGCCCAUUAGUUGUUGUUGUUUUGUUUGUUUUUUUACAUCUUCUGACAAACAUAAGUUUAAAGAAAAUCUUUGUAGCUAUACUUUGUACUGAAGAAAAAAAAGAUGAAAAUCUUCAUAUGGAGCAAGUAUGCAUUUCUGGUGAUGGUUUUGUACAAACUGAAAGUUUUUAUAUCUCACCGCCUGGUUGUUUUUGUCAUUUUUAUAUGUUUGUAAUGAAUAAAUUGUUUUAUUCUGAA